AUCUUGAAAAGUAGAAAAAGGGUUCUUUCAUUUAUUUAUUUUUUUUCUCCUUUUCCGAGGGCUGGAUAAUCUUCAUGGGGUAAGAUGUUUGGGUGGGAGGAAAAUGAGGGAAAAUGUGGGUGGAGCAAGUGUUGUGGGAAUGCGAUGAGGAGGAGAGUGUGAGUAAGUGUAUUGAGUGAGAUAUGGGCUGUGUGUUCGGAAGAGAGGCGUCGGCGAAGUUUUCCGGAGAGACGGUGUUGGAGAGGGAGAAAGCGAGGGAGGAGAGGAAACAGGAAGUUGCAGCAGCGAAAGCAGAAGUGAUUGAGGUUCAGAAUGGUGGGAAUCGGAAGGAAGGUGGAGAGGAGAAGAGUACACGUCCAAGAGGGGAAAGGCGGCGAUCGUCGCGGCCAAAUCCGAGGCUGAGCAAUCCACCUAACCAUUUACACGGCGAGCAAUUGGCGGCAGGAUGGCCGUCUUGGCUCUCCAAGGUUGCAGGGGAAGCCAUCAACGGGUUGACGCCUAGGAGAGCUGACACUUUUGAAAAGCUUGAUAAGAUUGGCCAAGGCACAUACAGUAAUGUAUACAAAGCCAGAGAUAAUUUAACUGGGAAAAUUGUUGCCUUAAAAAAGGUUCGAUUUGACAAUUUGGAGCCAGAGAGUGUGAAAUUCAUGGCCCGAGAGAUUCUCAUAUUACGUCGACUGGAUCAUCCCAAUGUUGUCAAACUGGAAGGUUUAGUGACUUCUAGAAUGUCAUGUAGCUUGUAUCUUGUUUUUCAAUACAUGGAGCAUGAUCUAGCCGGACUUGCCACAAGCCCAUCAAUUAAGUUCACCGAGCCUCAGGUUAAGUGUUACAUGAAGCAGCUGUUUUCUGGUCUGGAACACUGUCACAACCGUCAUGUGUUGCAUCGAGAUAUAAAGGGGUCAAACCUUCUUAUUGACAAUGAAGGGAUUCUUAAAAUUGCUGAUUUUGGAUUAGCUUCCUUCUUUGAUCCUGAUCACAAGCACCCUAUGACAAGUAGGGUGGUGACUUUAUGGUAUCGACCUCCAGAACUUCUUCUCGGGGCCACUGAUUAUGGUGUGGGAGUGGACCUCUGGAGCGCAGGUUGCAUUCUUGCAGAAUUGUUGGCCGGAAAGCCAAUUUUGCCUGGUAGAACAGAGGUGGAGCAGCUACAUAAGAUAUUUAAGCUAUGUGGUUCUCCUUCUGAAGAGUAUUGGAAAAAGUCAAAGUUGCCUCAUGCUACCAUUUUUAAGCCCCAACAAUCAUACAAGCGAUGCAUAUCAGAUGUAUUCAAAGAUUUUCCACCAUCAUCCUUGCCACUAAUCGAGACCCUUCUUGCAAUUGAUCCAGCUGAACGUCAGACUGCCACUGCUGCCUUGCAAAGUGAAUUCUUCACUACAAGACCUUAUGCUUGUGAGCCAUCUAGCCUUCCAAAAUAUCCUCCCAGCAAGGAGAUGGAUGCAAAGCUACGAGAUGAAGAAGCUAGAAGAUUGAGAGCAGCGGGUAAAGCCAAUGCUGAUGGUGCUAAGAAAUCUCGUCCUCGUGACCGGGGAGGGAGGGGAAUUCCUGUUCCGGAAGCCAAUGCUGAGCUUCAGGCAAAUAUUGAUAGACGGCGAUUGAUAACGCAUGCAAAUGCUAAGAGCAAGAGCGAGAAGUUUCCUCCGCCCCACCAAGACGGAACUCUAGGCUAUACUCUGGGUUCUUCACAUCACAUGGAUCCAGUAUUUGAUCCUCCUGAUGUUUCAUUUAGCUCUACAAACCUGUCAUACCCAAAAGCCAAUAUUCAAACAUGGUCUGGUCCAUUAGUGGAACCUGCUGGCGGGAUGGGUGCCCCAAGGAGAAAGAAGAACAUGGCAGGUGAAUCGAAGUCGUCGAAGAAGGACUCAAAAAGAUAAGAUUAUGUCAGGAGCCAACAGAAAAUUCUUGUAAUAUAGCAUCGGUGAUUUUUGAGGAGCCUGCAUGAAAGUGGAAAGCGCAAAUGCUUGCUGAUUUGAUGUGUGCAGCUGGUAAAAGCCAUUAAUAUCAUCAUAUCACAGAGAGAUAUAAGUUUGACAUCGUAAUUCCUACUUCGAUUUCUUUCUUGAUCAGAGGUUUAAUCUUUAUCCUGUCUAUGUUAAUCUUUCUUUCUUCCUUUCUUCUGUUGAAAAGUCUAAUUAGAUUAGAGGAACAUCUAAUAAACUGCGACCAGUAUUCAUAUUUUAUAUUCGUCCCUAAUUUUGUUACGUCUAUAAUAUUCACCCAUAGUUUUUCCCCUCUUCUUUCAUUGCACUCUAGAAGCCUGUGAACCCUGCAGUAAUCAUAAAUACUUGGUUGAACUUGGCUUUGGUUUGUUCA